AUGAAUGAAGAUUUUGGCCUUUCACCAGCAUCAACCUUAAAAACUAUAACAGCUGCAGUCGCAUUACAUUAUCUUGGAAAAGAUUUUAUUUAUAUGACACUGCUACAACAUUCUGGUGAUCUACAUGAUGAUGGAUUCUUAGAUAGAUACAUCUAUAUUGUCGACUGUCGUGAAAAUCAGUUCACCAUGUACUUACAACCAGGUAAAAACGUUAAUGAUCAGGCAUCGAUUGUUGGAUUGGAAAUGAUCCCACCAUCUGUAACAUUCAUUAAUGAGUUAACAACAAGUGCAGCUGGCAUGACUGGCGACGAAGAUGCCCUUCUUUAUUUAUCGUCUCAUGAAAACAUUGGCUGCUUACGUGGCACAGUUUCUCUCGAUGUACCACGAAACUUUUUAAUACGUAGUUCUAUACCGGAUGCAGCCUUAUACAUCACUAACGAACUGAAGCAAGCAAUGCAGGAACGAAAUAUUUUUAUAACUGAACCAUGCAAGACCAUUACUACUAUAGAAGAACACGCAUCAGAUCGUAAGACAAUACGUAUUCAUCAGUCGCCCACAUUAGAUCACAAUCGUAUAACAACAUCUGCAAUAGCCGGAGUACUUUUUAGUAUACAAAAAGAAGAAUGCUUCAAUGAAUUUUAUAAUUCAUUACCAAAUUAUAAAGAACAUACAUAUGAAAAGCGGUUCUCUCAACAAUGUUAUGUCCUAUGCUGGAUAUGUCCAAAAGCAACAAAAUGGUAA